AUGCUCAGCAACAUUGGGAUCAAGGGUGGUGACAGGAAGAGGGCUAACAGUGACACUGGAGAGACAGAUGACACCAGGAACAGACUGGACCCGGGGCAUGACGGGGUAGCAUCCCAGAUUGCAGUCUUCGUGAGAAGACACCCACUAUCAAGCUACAGACUCCGAUACAGAAGAAUACCCCCAGAGUCUCCCGAGAGGGGGGGGGAGGAUGAGAGACUCGAUCAGACGGAUUCAACGACAACGACACGGCUAGUCCAAUCGACAUUGACCGGAACAAAGGCAGAGGUGAAGUGUAGAUGUGGAAAGGUGUGCAAGAACCUUAGAGGCUUGCGUAUUCAUCAAGGGAGAACGGCAUGCGGGAGCACGGCAAGGCAGCGGCAACGCUCAGAUUUUACAUCUGGUGAGACGUUGGAGGAUCCUAGUCAGGACUCAACCCACAGCACUGGGGACCUCUACGCAGCUGAGAAGCCACGCACCAAUUCAGCAGAUCCUGAUAUUGUCUCGCAAGUCAGCGACAUCUUCGAAGAAGAUGACCCUCUUCUAGAGCUUUUAGGUACUCCAGAAGACCUGAGGCCAAACACAGACACACAGCACAACACCCGAAAUACAGCUUCCAAUACUAAUGCCACAGCUCAGAAGGUUAGAAUUACAUGGCCCAAGACAAGUGACAGGAACCUGUGGAAACAGUUUGAUGAAGACCUCAACACCAUCCUGGAAACAACACUCCAAGGGCCAGUAGAGAAGAAACUGAAGUCUCUGACCAACCUUGUCCACUCUAUCGGCAAAGAACGAUUUGGUGAGGUGAAACGGAAACCCACCAGAACCCCUGCACAGCCAAAUAGAAGACAACGACAGAUCACAGAGAUUAGGAAAGAGCUGAAGUCACUGAGGAAAUCCUACCAAAAAGCAAAUAUAGAGGAAAGACCCGGACUUCAGCAGCUUAGAGAUGAACUCAGACAGAAACUGACCGAUCUUCGUAAGGCAGAACAACUCCGAGACAAGCGGAAGAAGCGAGCCAAGAGGCGAGCUGAGUUCAUAGCCAAUCCAUACAAGUUUUCCAAAGGACUCCUAGACAAAGAAAAAUCUGGGAAGCUUGAAAGCAGUAUGGAAGAGAUACAACAGCAUCUAAAGGACACACACUCCGAUCCAGCAAGAGAUAAUCCAUUAGGAAGCUGUCCAAGAAUUGAACCAGUCCCAGAACCCACAAUUCCACUAAACAUAAAAGAACCCACAAUGAAGGAAGUAUCUGAUGUAGUGAAGAAAGCAAGAAGCGGCUCCGCACCAGGACCAAACGGUAUACCCUAUAAAGUAUACAAGAUGUGCCCGAUGCUACUACGAAGACUAUGGACCCUACUUAAGGUGGUAUGGAGGAAAGGAAAAGUCCCAGAUUGUUGGCAACAGGCAGAGGGAAUAUUUACUCCAAAGGAAAAGGGCUCCAAACAUGUGACCGAAUUCCGAACCAUUUCACUGUUGAAUGUGGAGGGGAAAAUAUUGUUCGCUGUCCUGGCAAGACGAAUGACCACGUUCCUGACAACCAAUCAGUACAUUGACACAUCAGUACAGAAAGGGGGGGGGUUCCGGGCUUCUCUGGCUGCAUUGAACACUCCAGUGCCAUCAGUCAGAUCAUCCGUGAAGCAAAGGUGA